GCAAACAACGUCACCAUGGUAACUCACGGCGUCCAGGCGGAUUCGGGGGCGCGGUGUAUCAUGGGAAAAAGAACCCGUAGUUACAUCGGUUCCAGCCCACCUGGGAUAAACACAACAGCAAGAAAGAGACAUUUCCUAACUAUAUCGCAAAGACGCAGACAUCGGCUAGUAAUGUCUGUUGGGAAGAUGCCCAAGUUCCCUGCCUCUGCUUCCGAGGGCUUCAGCUCGACUCCCAUCAAGGAUAAAAAACGCCACACAGCCAAAGGGUUGGAUAACGGCGUUGUGUCUGACGACGAAGACACGUUUUCGCUGCUUUCUCCCAUCUAUCAUGACAGCUUCGACAGCGAUGAAGAAGAGCUGGGGUCAAUCCUUUCUCAGCAGACUUCACCCAGGCACAGCGAGGACUCGAGACUCAGCGCAUCACUGGCUAGAUCUGAGCUGUCCAGAACCCAUGUAAAGCAGAAGUUCAAUGCACUAAUAGAGCCUGCAGGUUCACCUCCACUUAGUGCAUGGGAGAUGUGGCUGCUGUGCAAAGCCAAGAAGGAUCGUCUUAGGCUGGAAAAGAAAGCAGAAGAGGAACGCUUACUCAGAGAAAAAGAAGAACAACAAGAAAGGGAACGAGAGCAGAAGAAGCUUGUCAUGGAAAAAAAGAUCCAUGAAUGGUUAAAGAUUAAAAGGGACCAAGAAAGGCGUGAGCAACUGGUGAAACAGAAGGAAGAGGAGGAAGAGAUGCUGAGGCAGCAGGAAAAACAAAGGGAGAUCGAACGAAAAGCCCAGCAAAAAUACAGAGACUGGCUGCAGAAGAAGAACCACGAAAAACUUGAAAAGGAAAAGAAGGAGAAGAUGGAAGCUGCCAUGAAGGAGGAACAGGAAAGAGAACGCCGCAAUAAGGCAGAGGAGAAAUUUAAAGAGUGGCUGACAAAAACCAACGAGAAAACCAGAGCUAGUCCCAAAACACAUUCUUACCCUAAAAGUCACUCAGGUCCCUAUGAGGGAUCGUACCCAGCACCCAGCUUCUGCAAUCCCAUCCCCUGGAAGCCGAUUCACGUGCCUCCUCCAGAAACGUCUCCAAAGAAGACAUCUGGCAGGAAACCUCAAAAGAAGAAAAAACCCCAGCAGAGCCCAUGCACUGCUUUUAAUCAAAGAAACACUCCAAGCGCAGCACAUUUUCUUUACAGAAGAUGACACAAACAGCUGUGAUGCAGAGAGCUUAGACAGCGCCCUGACUCAUGUAAACCAGCACAGCUCUUUGAAUGAAUCUCAGCUGAGUCAUGAACUUGUGUUCUUUAAGAUGGUCCAGGACUUGUUGCUGUAUUUAUCAUUUUCUAAUGCAGUCACUUGUCUUAAAUACAUUUGAAUUAGUUUUUUAAAAUACCUUCACAGAGCUUUUUAAAGAUGAUUUAUUUUGAGUAUUGAUGCUUAAUGUGGGUUUUAUCCCUCAGUUUCUUAGAAAUUGUGACAACAUUUACAACUAUGUCAUGUUUAAAAGUAAAAAAACUGUAUUAAAGGAUCGGUGGAUUCCUGUUGAAGAAAAAUAAGUAUGAUCAGCUGCUGACGGCUCUUAUUUGUAUCUCGAAGUGGCUAACAAAACCACAUUUCCCUCUGCUUCUCAUGAUGCGUUGACCACACAACAGAAAAGAUGGUGUCCGCUUGUCACAGCCAAAGAUAGACCCAGGUUCGGCUCAAGUGGCCCGCACACUCACACAUUGUUCUGGGUCCAGCUGUGCCUUGUUCUUCUGUGGGCUGAGAUGACGACAGAAACGAGUGUGGGGGUGGAUAGAGAGGGAGGGAGAGAGAGAGAAGAAUUGAUUCAGAGCAGAAUAACUCAUUCUGGGUUAGCAUCUGACUGUGAUGCCAAUGCGUGAAGCCUGAGGUAAAAAUUAUUUCAAUUAUACUUUAUUUUGAAUUGCUCGUGGUUAAAUGCUGUUUUGCCUUUUGCUUUUUAGUCUCUCUGUCUCUCUGUAUGUUGUCAGCUGCUGUGGAAUGUGUUAUUUGACAGCAGUCAGCCAGGGGGUCUUUAAUGUAGGGCAUUUCUGCAAACUAAAGAGAAGCUCUGGGCAUUAGCAGACUUUUACAACGACAAUGUUGCAGGAUUAGUUUUAAAUCUUUCCGUGUUGUUAAUUUACACAAAGAGCCUUAUAAAACGUGAUGUAUUUAAAGUGCCUUUGAAAAUAUA